GCAUAGCAGGAAGAUGCCCAAUCCACGAAAUAUGAUCAGUUCUCAGUCGGCGCAUUCACGGAAACCCACCGAUCGUCCGAUCGCUUGUGCAGCUUCAUGCGUGUGCGGGAGGAAUGUGGCGGUGGCCGGGGCCGGGCUUUGGCGACCGUCGCAAUGUCCGUUCCAUUCACGGUCAGGCCCCAUGGCGGAUUAGCCAAUCACAGCGCAGAAUGUAGAGACUGUCGCCAGGGACAUUCGAGGCGCUGGCGGUACUUUGAUUGCGGCGGCCCUUGACAUAAUGUCUAACAGACUGGAAGUCAGAGCUGACGACAGCCAUCGUUACCGCGAGAGGACCACCCUGGGGAGUAAGACCAUUGUUCCGUUGAUAAUUUAGAAUCUGCUCUGCGCGACCCGUCGGAGCUUCGAGGGGAAAAUUCUGCGCGCGACACCUCAAAGCGUCGUUCGACUGGUGCGCUUGCGAAUUGCGAAUUGUUCCUGUGUUCGAAUACACGAGUACUGCCGAGCUGUGCGACGAUCGGCGGCGGGGCCGAUUGGUUCCGCUCGAUGCGGCUUCUACUCAGAGCAAGUGACCAAGAGUUUUCUACGUGUGCUCGUUUGGCAAGUUCGGACAGCAGAGGCGAGUAUCGUGGAGUGGAAUGCCCUGCCGAGGAAAUCGAGUCGGACGCCGUAAUGGUGGUUAUUGUAAACUCUUCCAAAUGACUUCUGUUUGUGGAAGAAGAAAAGACCAUUCAGCAGCGUUUACAAGUUUGCAACGUAAAUAAGAUUGAGGAGUUUGUCUCGAGUUACUCAACAAAAUGGAGGGAGAGACGCCGGAGGCUGGGGAACCGCCCUUAGCUGACGUACGCGGAAUCCAAUUUGGUUUAAUGACCACCAGCGUGAUGCUGAAGCUUUCAGUCUUCGAUCCAAAUCAGUCCUUGACGAAGGCGAAGGAGCUUGUGAGCGCUAGGCUGGGGCUUCCCACGAUCUCCGGGCAGUGCACUACUUGUACUGCAACUUCUGUUGAUAAAUGCCAAGGGCACUUCGGACACGUGUUAUUGCCAACCCCAAUUUUCCACCCUAAUCACGUGGGAAGACUCAUUCGCUUGCUCAGAAAAGUCUGUCUCAAUUGCGGGAAACUCAAGAAGAAGCCAGUUGGGAGGACAAGAACAAGUGCAAAUGAGCAGACCUUGAAGAAAGGAAAGAAGAACGGAGGUCCGAAGAAAACGAAGUCCUUGAGUGAAGACCCCAUUCUCAGUAAUGGGACCUCAAGAAGAAAACGGAAGUUUUCAUCAUUCAUAGAUGAUGAGGCAGAAGCAUCAGAGGUGAUAGUUUUGUCCUCAGAGGACGAGGAGCUUUCGAGCAAUGGAAGGAAACAGCAGAAAAGUCCUGAUUCUAUCGUUGAAGAAGAUAUCUUAGGAGGAAAAGCUUCAACGUCAUCAGCGAAGCGGAGCUGGAACGGGAAACGAAAAAAUCAAGCAGAUACCUCGGAGACUAAUUCGACGACCACCACACCAACGGUUGUGGAUCUCACAGAUAUGCUGGUGUGCGUGAAAAAAUCAAAAAAGCCGAAGGUUUCUAAAUCGAAAUCAGGCGUUGAAGUUGUGGACGAUGCCUUUUGCUCUUCUCCCAGAGAUGACAACUUCACCUCUGACCAAAUCUGUUUAUACUGCUCGGCGACCUCUCAUUCCGACCGUUUUCCAGAAGUACAAUUGAAGGUGGAUGUAAAAGAAGGAAAUAGAGGUGAUAUGUUAAACUUGGCCAAGUCAAUCAGGAUGGAGAUCAAAGACAAAGACUACAAGAAUGUAGCUCCUAACUAUUGGAGUUUUGUUGGAGGAAACUCUACAUCAACCAAUCAAAAUGUUCAAAAGACGAGAAAUCUGCUUCCAUCAGAGGCCCUCAAGAUUAUACGGAAAAUUCCUGUUGGCACCUUAGCUAAACUUGGAAUGCAGCUGGAUGUGGCACAUCCUGAAGCGUUGAUUGUCGAGUGCCUACCUGUUCCCCCAAACUGCUCUAGAUUGCAAGAGGAUCCCUUUUCAACAGGUGGAACGAAUAUUGGCUUCAAGAUAGGCUUUGACAGGGCAUCUCAAGCAUUCACGAAGCUACUCAACAAAAUCAACUCUAUAAGGGCUUCAAGAUAUGGGAGACCAACUUUUCAUGCUGCUGGCAUGGAAGCCAGCGGUUUGCAGGCCUUAUUUGGGCAGUAUCUGAGGGAAAAAGGGGCACCGAAGGCUGCACCUGGCAAGGAAAAGAAGAGAACCGAUCAUGUGGGCAGAGUUCAAAAAAGAGAUAGCAGAUGGAGUCUAGACUGGUUGAAGAGAAACGUGUUGGGGAAGCGAAGCGGAUUCUCUGCUAGAAAUGUCGUCACUGGUGAUCCUUUCCUGACGGUUGAAGAAAUUGGUGUUCCGCUCGAAGUCGCAAAAUAUUUAACUUAUCCUGUGCGAGUAAACAGGCUAAAUCAGAGCAAGUUACAGGAGUGUGUAGAGAUAGGUCAAGAUUUGGGUAGAUCAAGAGCAUGUGGAGCUGUUAGGAUUGUGAAGGAUGGGGAGAAAAUGGAAGUUACUCCAAAAUCGGCCCAUCAUCUGGAGAUAGGUGAUAUUGUUCAUAGACAUCUUAGUGACGGGGAUCUUUUGUAUAUUAACCGCCCUCCUUCUCUACAUAAGCAUUCGCUUAUAGCACUAAAGACACAUAUUCAAGAUUCCGCUACUUUUACAAUCAACCCUGCUGUGUGUGCUCCACUUCAUGCAGACUUUGAUGGAGAUUGUCUCCAUGUUUUUGUUCCUCAAUCUGAAGAAACUAAAGCUGAACUUCACCAACUUUUGACUGUGCCUGAGCAAAUUUUACCCUCACCAGAAGGGAAAACAAUCAUAGGACUUUCUCAAGAUAAUAUCUUAGCCACCCAUCUAGUCACAUCUUCGCCUCUAUUUGUUGACAAAGAGUUGAUGCAUCAGCUAGCCAUGUGGAGUUCGUGGAAACUCCCAGUGCCUACGAUUGUGAAAGCUCCCAGAGGCGGUGGUCCUUUGUGGACUGGUAAACAAAUUAUAGAUCUGACUAUUCCCGAUGAUUUCUCUUACCGCAAUCAUGAGGGGUCCACAGUAAUCCAGGAUGGGGAGCUUUUGUCUUACGGUGGGACGGCAAAUUGGCUGGCAAGUACCAGUGGAUUGGUUAGCACUCUUGCUCGACAUGAUCCAGCAACUGCUGUCAAGCAUUUGGAUUGUUCUCAAUCAGUUUUACGAGAAUGGCUGCUGUCACACGGAUUUAGUGUGAGUCUGAAGGAUUUCUACGCUGCACCACAUCGAGAUGGUAGGAAAGAGAUCAAAGAAGAGAUUCUGGGCGAUCUUGAAGAGGCUCAAUGCAUGGCCACUAAUAAGCAGUUUAUUUUUGAUAGGAAUCAUCAGAAGCUUAAAGCCUCGCGAUCCGGCAGGAAUGGGACUUCUAGAACAACAAGAGGUAACCGACUUCAAGAUUUGGAAGUAUCUGGUGCAGCAGAUGCCACUUGCAGAGCUUCAAGAAUGAGGACAGAUGGACAAAAGCUCGAAGGUGUGGCUGUGACUUACUUCCUGGACAAAUUCAGUCAGCUCGGAGAUCAAAUAGGAGAAAAAAUCGAUUGUGACAAUAGUCUGCUUGCGAUGGUGCGGGCAGGAAGCAAAGGCUCCAUGGCCAAAGCGUUCCAACAAAUUGGAUGUCUUGGUCUACAGCUUUACAAGGGAGAACAUCUGUUAGCUCUUGAAGACAAUAAUAAGCUUUGCACCGUUGCUGGGGCAGUGGGCUAUCUCGAGAGAUGGGAAGGACGAGGCCUUGUCAGAAGUUCCUUGCUGGAUGGAUUGGAACCUUUGGAAUUUUUCCUGCAUGCAAUAGCAGUUAGAGCUGGACUUCUAAGGCAGAGUUUGGAGGUCACGGAACCAGGUGAACUUUUCAAAAGGUUAAUGCUUUUCUUACGCGACAUCCACAUUUCUUAUGAUGGAACUGUGAGGAAUAAAUGUGGACUUGAAAUCAUUCAGUUCCUUUAUGACGGAGUGAAACCACCAGAAUUUAGUGACAACGUGUCCAUCAACUUUAAAGAAUCCGUAAUGCCUGGGGAAGCAGUAGGCAUAUUGGCAGCCACAGCCAUAGCACAGCCGGCCUAUCAGGUCAUGUUGGAAGCCAAUCACAAUAUUGGGUCGAAAAAGAUCCGGCCUCUGGAGCUUUUGCAGGAAACUAUGUUUCCGAGAAGCACUUCAAGUUUGAAAGACUCUGAUCGAAGAUCUAUUCUUAGACUCAGUGAGUGUGAUUGCGGUAAACUUUAUUGCGACGAGCGGCGCAUAUUACAAAUUCAGAGUGAAUUGCAACCUAUAACAUUGCAAACCAUGGCUAUAAGCACAGCAAUAGAGUAUAUCCCAGAUACAUCAGAUGAAUGGGAUGCUUUCUAUGUGAAAGGAGAGAGGUGUAAAAUUUGCCUGCCCUGGGUGGGCCACAUUCUUCUUGAUAAGAUAGCCAUGUUGGAAAGCGGUCUCAACACUGAGAAGAUACUUGAAGUCCUGAACAUGAAAUUUGAAGGUUAUAGAAAAGAUUUGCGAAAGUAUCAGCUCGGACGUCCCCUCUUUGGCUUCAGAGAAGACUGCAGCUGCAUGGAUUCUGAAGAUAGAGAGUUGGGACCGUGCCUACACUUCUCGCCAAUGCCCAAGUCCAAUGUGAAAAGAAGAAAACAGAAGGUUUCAAAGGAUGAUACUGUGGAGAUACUAGAGAUAUUACAGAACUUUCUCAUUCCCUUAAUCCUGGACACAACAGUGAAGGGUGAUGACCGUAUUGAAUCUACCAAAAUCGUGUGGGAGGAUGAAGCAUGGUCUACACCGGGACGAUCAAUCCAUAACGAAUGUUUCUCAGAGGAGGGCUGUGGUGGAGAGCUAGUGCUAGAAGUUUUAGUGAAACAAAAGCUUAGCACGAAACGUGGUGUCCCAUGGAUGAUCACGACCGAGGCUUGCCUUCAAAUAGAGGAUGCGAUAGAUUGGCGAAGAAGUUCGCCUUACAGUGUACAGGAGAUUAAAUACGCGUUCGGAGUAGAGGCAGCACGAGAUUGUAUUUUACAGAGGUUUAACUUGGCCACUCAAGCUUCAGGAAACUCGAUUGAAAUACAACACUUGAAGCUGGUUGCUGAUCUCAUGGUCCACUCUGGAGAAGUUCAUGGUUUAACAUCAUUCGGAUAUACAGAUUUAAUGCGCAGCCUGAAGACUACAGCUCCUUUCACAGCUGGUGCUUUCAGAGCUCCUAUCAAGAACUUUAUGGACGCUGCAGAAAAGGGGGACGGAGAAGAAUUCAAUGGUGUUUUAGCAUCUUGCGUUUUUGGCAAGCGAGUCCCAAUAGGAACCGGAGCGGAUUUCAGCCUGAAGGUGGAUUCAAAGAGGAGCUGCUUAACAAUAGAAAAUGUUGAGAACUCAAUUGACAUACACGAGUGCUUGAUUGAUUUGGACUCCAAGAUUGGGAUUGAAAGGCCAGAAACACCUCCUCACUCUGAAGUAGAGGUAGGGGACGUGGCCAAUGAUAGCUGGUUACAGAACACCGAUGGCUGGGGCUCUCAUGAUAAGAGCGCUGCAUCUAAAGGUGGAUGGGGAGGUGAAGGAGGUGGAUGGGGUUCACCGGAGAAGAGUGCUGCGCCGAAAGCUAUAAAUUCAGGUGGAUGGGGAGAAGAAGGUGGAUGGGAUUCUCCCGGUAAGAGUGGACCGACUAAAGAAGCUAGUACAGGUGGGUGGGGAGAUAGUUACUCUACACCUGCAGACAACUCAAGAGGUGGUGACUGGGAAAGUACACCAGUACCGGAAGUUGGUGUAUGGGAACUGCAUGACCAAAACAAAGAUGCACCCGCAACUAAAGCUUCGGAUAGUAGCUGGGCGGAGAAAGAUGCAGCUCCUGAACUCGAAAAAUCUGCUGGAUGGGCCGAUGCUGGAAAUGUAGAGGCUGCUGCUUGGGUUUCUGAAGAUACGAGUAUACAAUGUUCAGGUGUUGGUAGUUGGGCUUGGGGUUCCGCUUCGAAAAGCUCGCAGCUUCUCUCCAGUCCAAAAGUUGCUGAGAGUAGAUGGAAUGAAGAUGCCGUUGUUCAAGUCAGUCAAUCCUCGUGGGGAUCCUUGCCUUCUGGUAAAUCAAGUGGAUGGGGGGAGAGGCCAUCCGAAGCUGAGAAGAGGGAAAAUGUAACUCCAGCAAAAGAUAAAGAAUGCAGUUCACCGAUAGAACUGUGUAGUGCCAAGGGCAGCUCUCAGAACAGCAGCUGGAGUGAACAGAAGGUAACAGGUACAAUCGUUACAGGAGAGGGUCAAUCAGGUGGAAAUUGGAUUGAAGAUUGUCCAUCUGCAACGCCAGGCACAUGGUCAGUGGACCACGUCAAAAACAGGUCAGAAGCCGCGAGGGAAAUUUCAUGGACAUGUGAGGACGACACAAUCUGCCAAAACUCUCAAUCAACACCGACCAAUGCCAGGGAAGACCUAGAUUCGUCAAAGAAAAAGGGAUUGCGAGAAUUUAGGCCUACGGGUGCGAACACUAUACCUUUAGGAAAGGUCCGCUUGUUCACAAACUUGGCAAUCGACGUUCCAGUUUCGAAAACACUAGUACCUCCUAGCGACUCCGAUAUACCAGGAGCGGAUGGUGGGAAGGAACUCGUAGGAGACGGAGUGGUAACAGGGCCUGAGAAAGAUGUUCACUUCAUCUCGAAAAGCAGUGAAAGCCCAAGUGUGUUUUCUCAGCCCUCGGGGCCUCCUGGAGCAGAAUCAGAUAGAAAUCACCGUGGACAUCUACGUCAGCUGGCCGGAAAUUCCGCCAACGAAGUGGAAGGUGCGACAUUGUGGAUGACUACAGAAGAUCAUGGGUGCAAGGAUACCGACCCUGGCUGGUCUUCUUUGACUGUCGACUCGCAAAUUACCCCUGCUGAUCCCACCAGAGGACCAGUCUCUGCAGGUGGCCAUAAGAAUGAAGAAAAGAUAGGCUGGUUGCCUCCUUGGAGAAAGGACGGCCCUGGUCAUUUCAUUCAAGGUCAUGGGACUGAACCCCAAACUGUUGGUGGUAGGGGGGUUAGGAGAGAUCUCAUUUGGAAGAAACCUGAAAUAAAAAGAGAGAUAGAUAACAGGCGGGAGUCAGAAGACUGGAAAGAGUUGGAGACUCUAGUCCGAUCUGUCAAAAACAUCCUGAAGAAAUGCGAACCGGAGGAAAGACUCGUGGAGGAAGAUCACAACUUAUUAUCAACACAAGUUCUACCAAACCAUCCUAACAGUGCAGCCAAAGUUGGCUGUGGUAUAGACUACUUCAAGGUUGCUACUUACAUGGAUACGAAGUGUUUUUUUUUGGUGCGGAAGGAUGGGACUUCAGAAGAUUUUUCCUACCACAAAUGUCUCCAAACGCUGGCUUCGAAGAAGAAUGCAUCUCUGGGUAAUCUUUAUAAAAAUCUAUACAUGUCCAGACGGAAGGUUGAAUCCCGCCCCUCUGUUGAGGACACAUCACGACGAGGUGCUGAGACUCAAACUGUUGCUGAAGUUCAAGCAGAGAGAACAGAAAGUGCAACCGAAUUUGCAACCGGAGAACUGUCACAAGGAGAGGUAGGUGGGUGCACUGAGCCCGAACCGCCAUCGUUCUAGUCCGUGACGCCAAGUUAUUUAGUGCUUAUCUACUGCAGAGUCAAAGCUCAGGUGUGAAGAUAUGAGGGUGGCCAGCAGUUUGGACGGUUACCGAAGCUUCAUGUUCCCUCCCAAAAGCGUUUAGGAGUUUUGUUUAAGAACAUGGAACCCGAUUUGGUUCUUAAAAGUAGCGAAGUAGUUGAAGCCUUACAUGGGCAGAUGCAAGAACCAACAGCGCUGAUGCGUUUUUGUACGAUAAUAUGUACAUACUGCCCCUUCCUGUGACUGACUUAUCGACUUUUCCCAUUUCUUGGCAUCGCAAGAGUUCCUUCAGUAUUUUUGAUUAUCUCAAGCUAGCUCUUUGAGUCGGGAGGUAGUAAACAAAGGAAGGACCGUUAGAGGACGUGAAGAAAUUUUUAGAACGGAAGGAAGGAGACGGCUUGCAUGCGGGAACAUAGUGGAUUGAUGAAGAAACGAUUGAUUGAGAGCGGUUAGUUUUGAAAGUUCCCGGGUUUGUCACUUCUACCUGUUCGACGAGGCAUUUUCAGGUUUGGAGGUUCUUAAGGAGAUUCGAAUGAUUACUUUUCUGCUUCCAGGUUGUCGAAGCUCAGCAAUCCUGGUGAAGAGUGGGAAACAAGUUGUAACGGCCCUAUUUCGGUUUUAGUUUUCACCACCGUUCUCAGGUGCUCUUGAGUUCUCGAGG